GAAGAAAUCCUCAGCCAAUCAGGAAGCAGGUUGCCUUUUAAAACACAGCCGGGAAAUCGUGGUACCAAAACAAACGUCAUUUUUGCUGUUUUACUUUACUGGUAUAAAAGAAGCUUGAGGGAAAUAAUAAACCUGCAAAACGCGAUAAACAUGGACACCAUGGUUUACCUGGAUCAGGAGAACGGCAGACUGACCACUCCAGCUGUGAAAUCUCGUCAGAACAGACUGCACUCUGCUCCAGAUCCGUGCCUGAAAACACCUUUGACUGGCAAAGUUCGUGUUUGUGCUCCUGUGCUGUCCAGCCGAAAAGCUCUGGGAGUUGUUAAUAAGAUUGUUGCUACCUCAGCAGCUUCUGUUAAAGCAGAGGACAAAGCUAAACCUGCAGAAGCAAAGUGUAAGCCGUCUUCUCAGCCUGCUGCUGAAGAGUAUCCAGAGAUCGAGAAGUGUUUCCCAUAUGAUCCAAGUGCGUUUGAGACGUAUGGCGUACCAGAUGAAGUCUACCUCAGUCGUUUUUCUUUGGCUGGUCUGAGAAAACAGACGUGGCCGACUGCCUUACCUGUGGAUGAGUUGCUUUUGGUGGAUCCAUGCUUGCCACUUUCACCUCUAAAGAUGCCCAAAGAAGCAGAAUUUGUAAAUGAAAUGGAAGCCUUUCUACAGACCAUCGACGAGCUGACUGUAGAAUUUCCUCCAGAGUCUGAAUACUGAAUGUUUUAUCUUUACUUUUUAUUUGAAUUGUUUUAAGAUGUUAUUAAAGUUUUGAUUGUUGAAAUUUUGAUGUUGCGUUGAAGCUUUUGGGAUGGUUAAUGUUAUUUGAGGUUUACUUUAUUUGGUGUAUCAUCAGUUUUUGUUUGCGCAUGUUCUACACAUGUCAUGUUUUACUGCUUGCGUGAUUGUUCUUGUUUAACCAACAAACGCAACUGCACAUCUUUUUAAUCUUUAUUAAAAGAAUAUUCCCUUA